UUCUAACUGUCCCCCUUAGAAAAAGACGAAGAGUGAGUUUAAUCGUUGGUGAAACCGGGCCUAAAAGACAAAAAGUAAGUUAAACCGAGAUUAAAGUUAAUCUGCAUUGACGUAGAAAUGGACAUUAUAGUCGGCCUUCGUAAAGAAACACGGCAGAAUUGAUUGACAAUUCGAGCGACCGUGAACGUAUGAAAAAAGAAAUGAGAUUAUCGCCUUUCUAUUAAAGUACAAUUUAAUGAGCCAUUACUGUCAAGGAUAAUUACGUUAUUCCUCAUUUUUUUACCGUUGCUCUAGCGAGUUCAUCCUGUUCUAGACCAAGGUACGUAAAAUGUCACGGACUUUUCGAGUUAUUCGCUUUUACGCGCUGACGCAUCCCUGACGUCACACGCAUAUCCAAUAAGGGCGUGAGCAGAAACGUUAUUAUUCACGGUUUGGCAGCUGAAUACCUUCUCGCAACGGCAGACCGAAUAAAAGCCGACAGGAACAUCAGGACCCCGUAGCAGACAUGAUCGAAUGAUGGAGGUGAUUUCGACACGCCGAUACGAGGCCCGUCCACCGGCGAAUACCCACUCCUCUAUUCUCGUUGACCCUGAGAACUCCGUGGCAUUAAUCAAAGAAGAGGAAUGGGAGACCCGCAAGAAAAAGGAGAUUACCACCACGCGGCAGAUCGAGACGAGGGUGAAGCGGCAGGUCGUCCUCGAGGAUGGCGAGGUCGUCGUCGAUUCCGGACCUCUUGUCACCACGAACACGACCGAAGAUGUCGAGCAGCAGGAACAUACGACUCAGGAGAAACGCACGACCGGUGAUCAACCGCGGGAGGUCGACUGGCGGCCGGCGGCGGCGGCAGGUGGUAUUGUGACCGGAAAUGGCGGUAACAUCGUGCAAAAGGAGCUGAACGAGACGGUGAUGAGGAGCCGCGAGGAGAUCGAGGAGAGACUCGAGACGGAGGAUCGUCAACAGUUGGGAGAUAUCUCAGAUGAGGCAUACCAGAAGGCGGUGCGUAACAAUAGGGGCGACUUGCGAGUCGCCCUUGCCGAAUCUUCGAAACAGUUGGCGCCGCAGUCCGCCGGUCCGCGGGUCAUUCAGCACACGACUAGGUCAAACAAGGUCAUCGACACCGAGAAGACCUUGGAGAAAAAGGAACUGAAGGCUGAUGGAUUAAUCGUUACCGAGAAGAAGCGAACGGUCGAGCACGAAGAGAUUAAAGACGACGAGAUCCCGGACGACGGGAAGAACGACGACGACGACGAGGCCUCCGAAACGAAGAAGGAAAGCUCGCAGAGAUACGUGAAGAAGAGGGAAGAGGACGUGGUGGACUACAUCUCGGCCGGCGAGAGAGUCGGCCGAGAAAUGCGCUACGUCGCAGAGACAACCGAAGGAGAACGAAUAGGCGACUGGUCACCAUCACCGACGGGCAUGCGGACGACUCGUUUUCACAAGUAUCCCGGUUUCUCGGAUGCCGCUCGGAAAGACGCUCUGACAAAGAAACCGUUGGAUCUUGAGGAAGAAGACGAGGCGAGGAAAUUCGAAACGUCGAAGUGGCUCGAAAGCCACUUCGGCAGCGAUUCGCGUUCCUCGCACGGGUCUCUCGACGCCGAUGAUUCUCCUCUUCCAACCAGCACUAACACGAGCUACAUCAAUGUCACCAUGAAAUCCUGCGCACCGAGGGAGCGCGAUUAUCAGAAUACAAGUUCCAGUCGUAAUCAGCGACGUGAUCGAGAGUCGAAUUCGCCUUCAGGAUAUUUUCAUGGAAUCAGCGAAUGGUCGGAACGAUAUCAAGGGAAAGAGAAGCAAAAUCAUGCGCGAUCGAACUCUCCGGCUCGGUACGUGGAAUCUCCGCGUGCCAACGGACAAUUCCACGGACAGAAGAGAAAUCAAGUUGAAUCAUCGUAUUCGAAAACUUACGAAUCGUUCCGACGUGAAUAUCAGGAUCCUGUCGAGGAACGACAACGUACGCCUUCCCCACCUAUACGUCGAAGAUCGAAAGAACAGUGGACAAAAUCCGAAGAAAAGAUCAGCUCGAACGAGCCGACGGGUCGUACUUCAAGUCCGGUACACGUGGUGCAAAGAACUUGGGAGAGCCGUAAUCGCGACAUUCAAGCACAGACACCCGAACGCGAUUACAGAAGUACCUCGCCAAGAUCGCGAUCCAUCUCGCCGAAAUCGCCGAUAAACGGUCGCGAGGAGAAGAAGUCGGAUAGUUCAAGAACAUCAAAGAAUCAUGGAGCUAAGUACAAGAUCGGCGAAUCCUUUCGGAAGCUGGUGGGCAAAUUACGUUCAGCCAGCACGGAGAGAAAGAGUAAACAGAGAAGCGGUGGUUCGACCUCGCAAUUGACGCAGACCGAUGACAACGGGCCGACCUACUUGCAAUACAACGUGAUCGAUAGGAACAUUCCUUUCGUCAGCGAAAGAGACACGACGGAGGACAAACCACCGGAAAGACCGCCGCGAUCGCCGCGGAACGCUAACGCGUCGAACAAAGUGACGAAGACCAGGACGGCCGAUCAUGGUGCCCGGGAACAAUGGCAACGCAGCGAAUCUACGCCGCCGCCCUUGCAGAGGUACUACUUGGGCGAGGAUCCUUUCGGCGGUAGUAUCUAUGGCCGUGAAAAAGGAUACGAGGAGGACAGAGAUCGGCUGCGACAAGGAAGACCGCGCGGCUCUGGUAAAAUUGCCGUAGAUUCCGAGCACAGCGUCGCCUCCAGCUCCCUCGGCAGGUUUAGCAAGUCCACCAGCAGACUGGCCGGCGAUCACGAGAGGGAGGAGCACCUCCGGUCCACCCAGACGUUACCGCGGAGCCUGCACUCCGCCAAUGCUGGACAAUCGGCACGCUCGCAGAUCAGACGACACCAGGCGAACGUCGGCCGGCACGGUACACCCGGCAAAACGGGCCAGCACAGCAGCAUGAUCAACAUAUCGAUCAAGAAUACGGUGAGCACGUCGCCCAAGGUGAACGUGACGCCCGCGUACAGCACGCUUCAGGCACCGCCGAAACCCGAACGUACAUACAAGUCGUCGCUGUUACGCAGCAAGAGCUUUAACGUCGAGGCCGACAAAAACGGCGUCGACGCGCCGGUCCGCGCACCGUAUACCUCCAAUUUGCACCUGAACCGCCUGGACGAGACCCCGCCGCUCAAGAGCCCCGGCAUUCUCGCCAGCAUUAGCCGUAGUAACAGGGAUCUGUUAAGAGAUGGUAAAUAUUGAAGUGGCCAAUAAUAUAAACAGUAUAUAUCCUUCUUUUGGACGUUAAAUUGCGCUAUCCUUCUCUUUCCCCGCAAAUACGCGCGUCCGAAGAGCGUCCCAAAGCGUAAACGAUACAAGUCUUAAGCGAGAAGCGAAAAGUCUGAUAAAGUAAUGAAUUAUAUUUGUGUUUUACAUAUAUUGUAAUUGCAUAUAUGCUUUCAAUAAUCUUAUACUUUUAAAACUUUUAUUAAAACUUUUCAUUUUCCCUUUGGUUAUCGUUGAAAUCUUGCCCUCCUCUUCCUCCUUCGCCCUCGUUUUUAAUUGCGUCACUGAUGGCCACCAUAUUCAAAUAUUUGUAUAGAUAAUUAAAUUUUUAAAUUUAUUCUUAUUAAAUAGUUGACUCAUUUUCUACGUUAUCAUCACGUAUCACCUCGUUACGCGUUUUAAUGUGGAAUAUUGUAGGCGUGACGUAAAUAGUAGCAAUCGUAGAGACAGACACAUCCUCUGGAAACUGUUCAAGAAAUUAAAAGGUGUUGCAGCUACUAUUUAUAGUCGACGUUUUAUUCGUAGACAAGAAAAAUAUUAAGUUCUAGAUACCGUGCGAUAUGUACACGACAUCGUUCUCAUGAAUUAUUUAACAUGGAAUCUGUCGGAGUCGAGGACGUGAAAGUCACGUCCUCCGAAAUCGAUCAUACGGAGUACAUUAAAUAAGUAGAAUCGAUAACAAUCGCUAAACUUCUUAAAUAUUACAAAAUGUUUCGUACAUUUUUAAUUUUACGUCUAUGUGCCACAUUUUUCAACAGUUAAAUUACAUUCACACAAAGCGGAAUAUGUAAAGGUCAUUACUAUUCUCGAUAUGUAUAAUGUACAGAAUGUUCCGCGUACUUUUCUCAUCUUCUUAAUAAUAUUUUCUUUUGGUAAUCUGAAAUAUAUAUAUUUUUCAUGCCGCAAUCGCGGUAAUAAAA